CUCCGACGAAACGAGUCCCUUUGCUCGAAGCGGCGCGCGGCACUCGCGUAGCCACGGCGACGGAUCGCUGAAAAACUGUUUACAGCGACGCGGCGACGCGUGCUCAGUCGCGAGUCGAACCAACCGAGUUAAGCCGGAGAAAUGAACGAAGCCGGAUCGAGAGGAUUUCGAAGGAGCAAAUUGAACGGUGCGAUCGAUUACGCCAGCUUGAAGGCGGAACUCGAGCAGGCGCUUACGGCGGACCGAUUCUAUAGGUUGCGAAACGACGCGAAACUUAGAGCGGUCGAACAGAAUGUGCCGACGUACGACGACUUUAGGCAAAUGGUAAACGCCGCGCAUCUCAGACCGUUGCGACGCGAUCAACUUUCGCUUCGAGCGAAGGGAUAUUGGAAUCCUAUCGCAGCCGGUCACGAGUCGGAACCGGAGACGGACUACGUCGAGUUUCGGCAGGAGCGAACCGAGACGAGAAAACCCGAUGAUCUCAUCGCCGAUAACUCGGCUCUCGCGUGCGACCAAUUUACCCGGGCUUGGAGAACGAUCGAAGACCGCCAGGCAAAGUUUCGUUAUCUGGAAAGCUUCAAGGACGCGUUGGAAACCAAGAUUUUUCCUACCGAGAUUCCUCCGGCGUUGUUCGCAGAGUUGAUAGAGGUGUGCUCCGAAACCGUUGCGGCCACGAGCGGGACCGUCGAAACCGUCGUCCAGAUCCUAAGCGUCCUCCGGAAAUGCAAUCGAUUCGGACUAACCGUUAGCUUUAUGGGUGAAAAGGAAAGAACGGCGUGCAACCAAUUAUUUCGCCGUUUGAUCGACUCUGCGAAACAUGGAAACCGACAUCUCGAACACGCGAUCGAAUCGUUGAAGUCAGCCUACAAAGUCACGCCGAAUUAGAAUGACAGUCGGAAAUUGGGAUUAGGAUUCGAACGAACAAUUAGGAGACAAGAAACGAGACGUCUCGAAAGCGACGUGGAAAAUUUCCGAUCGGCUUACCCAA